UUCCAUGACGUAUGUUACCACUCGUACUAAAGAAGGCAAAAAAAAAAAAAACAGAAGCGGAAAACAGUCAGUAGCUUCUCUAGCGGGCGUACUUUUAGACGGAGCCCUUAGUAUCUCAGGAAGGGGAACGGAGAGUCUGCCAGGACUUUUUGUACAGCGAACGACCAACUAACGUUACAGUGCAAAAACACUAGUUCUGACGGACAAUUCAAUCAGCAAAGAUGGCACAGGAGACCAAUCAGAGCCAAGCGCCCAUGCUUUGUGCCACCGGCUGUGGUUUCUUUGGAAACCCCAGGACCAGUGGCAUGUGCUCUGUCUGCUAUAAGGACCACCUGACCAGACAGAACAAUGGAGUGAGCCCCCUGAGUGCAAUGGGUGGCAGUGUGUCCAGUAGCCCCACAAUGGAGACCUCGACUAUCCAGAGAAUUGAGGCAUCCUUGAAUAAUGCUGCUGCUGCUGAAGCGGAGGCCGAAGCUGCCAGUGGGGCAGCAGCUCUUCCUGUUACCCAACAGAUGACCGAGAUGAGCAUUUCCUGUGAAGAGGAAGGAGCGUCGCCUAAAGCAGAGCUUGCAGAACCUGUGGUCACUCAGCCCACCGCCUCAGCUUCCCCUCCUAGUGCUGCCGGCAGUGAUGAAUCCAAGUCACCCGACUCCGCCAAACCGAAAAAGAACAGGUGCUUCAUGUGCCGCAAGAAGGUUGGCCUCACAGGUUUUGACUGCCGCUGUGGGAACCUGUUCUGUGGACUCCACCGUUAUUCAGACAAGCACAACUGCCCGUAUGACUACAAAGCCGACGCCGCCGCCAAGAUCCGCAAGGAGAACCCCGUGGUGGUGGCUGACAAGAUCCAGAGAAUAUAAGACCUUCUCUCACUUUGACCUUGAACACUUGGAGUGAUUGGCAAAAAAAAAAGGACUCGCGCUUGACCUGCGUUCUAAAGGACUCGUUUUUUUUUUGUUUUUUUUUUACAGUAUGGGGGGAAUCCAGUUGUCUGCAAUGCAUGAACGAUCACAUUUUUCUUCUGUUUUCUGUCUGUCUGAGCUUACGAUUUUACAAAAAAUUAAAGACAAAAGAAGAACUAAAAAAAAAUCAGCAGACUAGGACACUCUUUUCCAGGGACGCCUGGACCUGGCUUAAUUCUUAGUGUUUUUUGGGAAUCUGAUUGUUGUCAAGUAGGCGGUCUGAUGUGUUGUGGUUGUCAUGAGUUUACUACUUUGACUCUGUAUUUAUGAGAUUUCUCUGAGGAGAGGGGGGACGUUGUAGCCUAUGAGACUGUUACAGCCCCGACCGGAUCAGUCCAUUUAUAUGUACUACCAGACAUGUUUGUGUCUGUGCUGUAUGGGGCCUCAAUUCAGGGGAGGCCCCCAAGCACAUUCUCUAUUGUGAGAUCAGAUGUGAAGAAGUGACUUUAACAAAUGAAGUCUUUUAUUUUUUUUAUCACCUAAAGAACAACCUGUUCAAGAUGCUUAUGAAAUGAUCAUCCAGUAUGAAUGGUGAAAGCGGCACUGACACUUGGAGGAUGGAUGUGUUCUGUUCCAGCCCUAUAGGUUCUCAUCAGAUUCAUCUGAAUCAAACAGAAUAUCAGUGUACUCAUACAAGCCUGCUCCACUGGUUCAUUCUUCCUGCAAUGUGUGCUGCACUAAAAACCAUUGCUUAGGUUUACUUGUAUCUGUUAAAGAUGGGGUUUCUAAAAGUAUUUAGGUCUGAUGCUGUGAUGUAAUGUGUAUUUGAAGGGGAAACUUGGCGCUGCCUUUGUCUGGCUGGAUGGGAGACUGGCGGAAGACCGUUCACUUCCUGCAAUUGAGAUCAGGUCAUGUGACCCCAAACUGUUGUCAUGUGACAGUGCUGAUGCACAUUCUGUGAUCUUAUUUGAGGAUAUGGGAUGUUUUGCUUGGGUUGUUGUAUCAAUGACAAAUAGCCUAAAUUAACCAGAUUGCUGAGGUUGGAAGGGUUAGGUCCACUAAUCUUUUGAUCAAUAUUUCCCAGAAAAUGUGUGAUAUAUUUCUGAUUUAUAUUGUGUAGUGCGAAUCACAUGCUAUGUAUUAAACACAUGUCUAAUGUAUGCCAUUUGAUGGAUGGAUGGUGGCUGAGUAUUGUGUGCAAGUACCUGUGUUCCUCAGUAGUCAGAACUGAUCCAGUGGACCUUUUUUGUGUCUGGCUGCUCAGCUCUAGUCUCUCGGUAGGGCUGUGAGAUUUCACCUUUUUCAUUUUAACCCUUUUUAGUUAUGCAAGUUUGUACAAACCAUCUUUAUAUUUAUGUACCGCACAUAUAAUCUUGUUACCCAACAUUACAGCAAAAUUGUACCAUGUAAAUAAAAUUAUGUACAGAGAUAUAGAA